CCCUAAGAAAUGUCUGCUGUGCUGUUAUUAUAUUCUCUCUCUCUGCCUCCGGAACUUUGCUUACAGACAGUCUCUUGUUGGAUCCCCAAACAAAACCAAACUGCUUCACGUUUCUUUCUUUUCUGUCAAUAUAUUAAUUGUACGUACAUUAUCAUAUCAUGUAUUAAGCCUGCUUAUCUUCCAGUUCAUAGCCAAACAAAACCAAGCAUUCUUUUUUCUUGCUCUAAUGCAGCAGCUAAUGGUUACUUCCGACACUACCACCCUGAGUUACUGGUUGAACUGGAGGGUCUUGCUUUGUGCAAUCUGGGUAUUUACGCCUAUGGUUGUAGCAUUCUUCCUUAUACGGAAAUAUGAAUGUUUGGGAUCAUGCAAAGGAAAAACUCAGCAAGAGGUAGCUCAUUCGUUGUGCGGCAAUCAACCGUGGAGAUCAUGUCUUAAUCAAAUUCACCCUAUUUGGUUGUUGGCUUAUCGACUUCUUUCCUUCUCUUUGCUUUUGCCGAUCCUCAUUGCCAAAGUUUCUCGUAAUGGAUUCGUCAUGUUUUAUUACUAUACCCAGUGGACUUUCACUUCUGUUACCAUUUAUUUUGGGUUUGGAUCACUGCUUUCCAUUUAUGGAUGUUACCUGUAUCACAAAACUGGAUUUUAUGAACCUCAUGUCGGGAGAGACACUGAGCAAGGGUAUUACAUGCCUCUACCUCAUGGGGACAGGGCAAAUGAACUGGAAAAAAGAAAAUCCUCAGAGCCCCCAGAGCAAAUUCAUUCUUCUCAAGCUGCAAGCAUUUGUUGUUAUCUUUUUCAGGUUAUAUUCCAGAUGACUGCUGGUGCAGUGAUGCUUACUGAUUCUAUUUAUUGGAUCAUUAUUUUUCCGUUUCUUACCAUGAGAGAUUACUCACUGGAUUUUUCCAUGUUUUUCUUCAUGUCAGUUAACAGUGAAUAUGCAUACACUCAAUGCUGUCUUACUUCUUGGGGACACAGCUUUGAAUUGCUUGCCAUUCCCUUGGUUUCGGGUUUCUUACUUCAUUCUGUGGACUGGUUUUUUUGUCAUUUUCCAGUGGAUUGUGCAUGCCUGUGUAUCAAUUUGGUGGCCAUACCCAUUUCUUGACUUGUCCUCAUCAUAUGCCCCAUUAUGGUACUUACUCGUGGCAAUGAUGCAUAUACCAAGCUAUGGCCUCUUCAUGUUAUUUAUCAAAAUAAAGCAUAACCUGUUGACAAAAUGGUUCCCUCAGUCCUAUAGCUGUUAAAAUAAAACAGCGCUCUGUGUCCAAAUUCUUCCCUCUCCAUAUCAUUGUCGGAACACACUGUUUUGUCCUAACUUCAAGUCCAGAUGCCUUCAUCUCGUCUUCAUCUGGCGUGGCUGAAUCUGAAUUCUUGAUCCUUGGAGGUAUUAUUUCAUAAGAAAACAAUAAAACGUUUGUUCAAAUGUGGCAGGCUUUCUUGCGUUUUUCCUUUUCUUGUCUUUUUUUUUUCUCCAUUCAAUUUUUCUACCUUCACUUGGAUUGGAAUCAAGACAGGAACACAUGGCAUAUUUUAGACCACAAUUUGGACGUCAUUUUGACAGAAAAUGGUAAACGCAAGGAGGACAGGUGGGGUGAUAGUACUAGUAUUUAUGUGUAGGUGUGAAUGUAACCUCAUUAAUUGUAACCAUUUCAUGUACAAGAACGUGAAAUGUUGCCAACACUGAAGUGAUCCCUGGAACUUGUACUUUGAUUUUUUGUUCUCUACUUUUGAUGGAAAUUAUGCCAGCAGACGACCUUUGGUGGAAACAAGGCUCUGGUGGCAGAUAAUUAACCUGGUCAAUUUCUCACUGAUUAAUUUGCAUAAGCAGGCUGCUCAUGGCAAUGGUAAGUUCCUUACAUGUAUGAAGAUUUUAUUUAAUGAACCAUCUCGAUUGAUUGCAUCCAUGGAGAUUGUAUUGGACGGCUCCUGGCCAUAUCACCAGAGUCAGAUCCAUUAUCCGGAGGAGUUUGGCCUCAAUUUGAGUUUAAGCUGUUUUGUUGUGGUUUGCAUUUGGAUUGUUAAGAGAAUAACUCUAGUUGAAUUUGUUGCUGUUA